AUGAAACAAACAUUUGUCCAUGAUAUUAGUCAACAAUUACAAUCGGCCGUAUUCUCAUCAGGCCUUACAACUAAAUUAAUAUGUUUAUUUUGUAUUAUUGGAUAUGGUCUUUCAUUUAGUUCUCAAUGUGUUCACGUACUUGCAGUCAUUCCAGGUCGUGUAAUGCCUCCGAAUUUUUGGAUUUGGACAUUUGUUACACAUAGUUUUAUUGAAUUACAUAUAUGGCAUACAAUAAUUGAUGUUAUUGUUGUUUUUCUUUAUUCGAAAAUGAUCGAACCAUUAUGGGGUACAAAAGAACUAUUAAAAUUUUAUUUUAUUGUUACAAUUCCAAAUGCAUUAGUUGCAACAUUUACAUAUUUUCUAUUUUAUGGUUUAACAUUUAAUGAAGAUUAUCUAUUUGAAAGACCUAUUUAUGGUUUAGCAUCAUUUAUUGGUGCUUACUCAGUUGUUAUUAAACAAAUUAUGCCUGAUACGAUUAUAGCAACAACACCAUUAUGUAAACUUAAACAAGAUCAUGUACCAUUAUUAAUUGUUAUUUUAUCAACAAUACUUUGGAUUGUACAUGCUGUACCUAUACAUUUUUUAAUUAUGCUUAGUUUUGGUAUUAUUAUUAGUUGGACAUAUUUAAGAUUUUUUCAAAUACAUCAAAAUGGAACUACAGGUGAUAUGUCAACAUCCUUUUCAUUUGCAAGUUUUUUUCCUCCACCUAUAUCACCAAUAAUAAGUAUAUUUGCCAAUACAAUUUUUGCAAUAUUUGUUAAAAUAAAAUUAUGUAAACCAUUUGUUAAAAAAUAUAAUGUUGCUUCACCAUCAAACAUUACAAUAACUAUUCCAGGUGCUGAAGCAGCUGAUGCUGAUAGAAGAAGACAAAAAGCAUUAAAAGCUUUAAAUGAUCGUAUGAAAUUGAAAGAUUCAGCAUCAGAAGCAUGGCCUGAACUAGAUGAAAUUCAAAGUCCAUUAUUACCUUCAACACAUCAAUUGGAAUCUUCAUCCAUAGUAAUUGAUAUGGAUAAUUCAAAUAAAACAAAAGAAGAUUUACAUCAACAACAAUCAUCAUCAUCAUCAUAA